CCAAAACAACGUGAGUUACAAUGUCACGAAUUAGUUUGGCCGAAGUCGCUGUAGGCUCAGUUGGAUGUCUCGCAGCGACCUUUUUCGGAUUCCAGAUUUAUAAACAAAGAGUUGAUCAAGAAAACAUCCAAACUGAACCCUAUGUGAGACAAGCCCUUGGAAUACUGCAGGGUUAUGAUGUUGUCAUGGAAAGGUUGGGAAGUCCUUUAAAAAUGCAACAUAUAUCCAAAAAUCCUGAUGAUAACAAGGUCGAUCCAUUGGCUGGAAAUGCUAAGUUGAAGAUUCCGGUAACUGGCUCUAAGGGAUCCUCUGCUUAUUUGUACCUCUGGGCAACAAGACCUCCCGUUACCAUGGUGACACCAAAGAGCCAAGUUCCGACCUGGACAAUCAAUAAACUGGACAUUGAACUUGGGCCGGAAUAUCGCUGGACAUUCUAUGUACAUAAAGAUCAAAUGGAUGGUGAAAAACUUUUAUCCAAAAAAGUGGAUAUUCCCGAAAAGGUAUUGAAGAGUUCAUCAUGAAAACAUUACUGUUUAAAUUGACAUCUGUAUUAUUAUGUGAGCUUGGAAAGAAAUUCUUGUGGGAGUAAAUGAGGACUGUUCAGGAAGUCUUGUGGAAGUAGAUGAGGACUGUUGGGGAAGUCUUGUAGUCGAUGAGGACUGUUGAGGAAGUCUUGUAGGAGGUAGAUGAGGACUGUUGAGGAAGUCUUGAGGAGGUAGAUGAGGACUGUUGGGGAAGUCUUGUAGUCGAUGAGGACUGUUGAGGAAGUCUUGUGGAGGUAGAUGAGGACUGUUGAGAAGUCUUGUAGGAGUUAGAUGAGGACUGUUGAGGAAGUCUUGAGGAGGAAGAUGAGGACUGUUGAGGAAGUCUUGAGGAGGUAGAUGAGGACUGUUGGGGAAGUCUUGUAGGAGGUAGAUGAGGACUGUUGAGGAAGUCUUGAGGAGGUAGAUGAGGACUGUUGAGGAAGUCUUGUGGAGGUAGAUGAGGACUGUUGAGGAAGUCUUGUAGGAGAUAGAUGAGGACUGUUGAGGAAGUCUUGAGGAGGUAGAUGAGGACUGUUGAGGAAGUCUUGAGGAGGUAGAUGAGGACUGUUGAGGAAGUCUUGAGGAGGUAGAUGAGGACUGUUGAGGAAGUCUUGUGGAGGUAGAUGAGGACUGUUGAGGAAGUCUUGUGGA